UUCUCCCUUUCUUUUUCAGAUCACUCUUAUAGUUGUCGGUCGGGAGUGUGGGUCGCAUCUGGGUUUCAGAAUAUUUACAAAACAUACCCUGCUGACAUAUUUACUUACUACUACGCCGCUCACUGUUGUUUUUUUUUUAAAAAAAUUUUUUUUUUCUUGGACGAUAAUCAUUUUACGCAUUCACGACUAAGAAAUAUCCUCCCAUGGCGACUCCGCUUUCAGGUACAGCGAUUAUCACUGGAGGAAAUGGGUCGCUUGGAUCUUCAAUAGCCAUCGCCAUCGCCAAAGCGCAUCCUUUUGUGCAUCUACUACUACUGGCACGAGAUCUCCGCUCCGAUAGCGUCAAAGAACUGAGAGACAAGAUCCGGUUGAUCGGACCCCGGUCGAUUGAAGUAGCAAGAGUGGACCUGACAAGUUUCAACUCGGUCGUCAGCUUCACAGAGAAUACAGUGGAAAGGGUCCAAAACAGAGAGAUCCCUCCAGUGACGCUGCUGGUUAACUGCGCCGCUGUUGCGUCCUACGUCGCCGACCAAGUAACAAGAGAUGGGUUUGAUCCUGUCUACCAGACCAACUGUAUUGCUCCAUUCCUCCUAACCAUCGGUUUGCUGGAGGCGUUCCGCGCAGGCGAUGGGACACCAAACGGCGGAGCAAGGGUAAUCAAUGUUGGUUGCUCAUCCAUGUCGAAGGGCUCUCUGGAUUAUUUCGACAAACAUGACUUUGGAAAUCAACAACCGGGAACACCAUUGUCCUCGAAGGAAGGGAAUGCGCGUUUUGGAAGUAGCAAAUUAAUCAUGAGCGCGGCCAUGUACGCCUUGCGUCGGAGUCUGGUACUCAAUGGCAAAAUUCCCUUAAACAUAUAUACCCUGGAUCCCGGCGGCUUGGCAGGAGAGAGCCAUUUAACAGAGAACGCCCCUCGGUCGAUUCGAAUGGCACACCAGACGCGGUCUGGACUCCGGCCAUUCCUGCGGGUGUUUUCUAAAAGUGCCAUUAAUAACCCUAGUGUUCCAGCCAAGGUAAUCACGAAAGUCGCAUUCCAGAGAGACACUGUGGACCAAUGGGGAAGGGAGCGAUAUUAUAUCUUGGACAACAACUACGAGGCCGGAUCCGUCAUUCCGGUGCUUCGAGACCGGCCUAAAAUGGAGGCGUUGCUUAGGAAGCUGAUGGGACAAAUUGAGAUUGGUGUCAAGGGCAUGGGGUCUCCCCAGUCCAGGAUAUCACGGAUCAACUGAAGUUGAGCGAGUUAGUAUAUGCGAUUUCUUUUUGAGUUGGAUAGCGACG